UCUUCCCCCCCUCCUCCCUCUCCCCCCUUUCGCUUUGAUUUCGCUCUCCUCCCCUCUGCGCGCCCUGUGUCUGCGUGUGUGUUUUUCGCCGCCGAUCUUCACCAAGCCCCUUGGCAUGAGUUAAGCACCAGCUAUGGACACCAAACACUUCCUGCCACUGGAUUUCUCCAACCAAGUCAAUUCCACGUCCCUGAACUCUCCCACGAGCCGGGGGCCCAUGGCCACCCCAUCCCUCCACCCGUCCAUCGGGCCGGGCAUCGGCUCCUCGCUGGGCUCCCCGGGCCAGCUCCACUCGCCCAUCAGCACCCUGAGCUCACCCAUCAAUGGCAUGGGACCUCCGUUCUCCGUCAUCAGCUCGCCCAUGGGCCCGCACUCAAUGUCCGUCCCCUCCACCCCCAGCCUGGGAUUCGGCACCAGCAGCCCACAGCUCAACUCACCCAUGAACCCCGUCAGCAGCUCAGAAGACAUUAAGCCACCCCUGGGGCUCAAUGGAGUCCUCAAAGUGCCAGCACAUCCCUCAGGAACGAUGGCCUCCUUCACCAAGCACAUAUGUGCCAUCUGCGGGGACAGAUCUUCAGGUAAACAUUAUGGGGUUUACAGCUGCGAGGGCUGCAAAGGCUUCUUCAAGCGCACGGUGCGGAAAGACCUCACCUACACUUGCCGCGACAACAAGGACUGCUUGAUCGACAAGCGCCAGCGCAACCGCUGCCAGUACUGCCGCUAUCAGAAGUGUCUUGCGAUGGGGAUGAAGCGAGAAGCCGUCCAGGAGGAGAGGCAGCGGGGAAAGGACCGCAACGAGAACGAGGUGGAGUCGACAAGUAGCGCUAACGAGGACAUGCCCGUGGAAAAGAUCUUGGAAGCUGAACUCGCAGUGGAGCCAAAGACAGAGACGUACAUUGAAGCAAAUAUGGGCUUGACGCCGAGCUCGCCCAAUGACCCAGUGACGAACAUAUGCCAGGCAGCAGACAAACAGCUCUUCACCCUGGUGGAGUGGGCCAAGAGGAUCCCCCACUUCUCCGAGCUGCCCCUGGACGACCAGGUCAUCUUGCUCAGAGCAGGGUGGAACGAGCUCCUAAUCGCCUCCUUCUCCCACCGGUCCAUAGCCGUGAAAGACGGGAUCCUCCUAGCCACCGGGCUCCACGUGCACCGGAACAGCGCGCACAGUGCCGGUGUCGGGGCCAUCUUCGACAGAGUACUGACAGAACUCGUGUCAAAAAUGCGAGACAUGCAGAUGGACAAGACAGAGCUAGGCUGCCUGCGAGCCAUUGUCCUCUUCAACCCCGACUCGAAAGGUCUCUCCAACCCGGCUGAAGUGGAGGCGUUACGGGAGAAGGUGUACGCAUCGCUAGAGGCAUAUUGCAAACACAAAUACCCCGACCAGCCCGGGAGGUUCGCAAAGCUCUUGCUCCGUCUCCCAGCUCUCCGGUCCAUUGGCCUGAAAUGCCUGGAGCACCUCUUCUUCUUCAAGCUAAUAGGCGACACACCAAUCGACACCUUCUUGAUGGAAAUGCUGGAAGCGCCCCAUCAAAUGACUUAGAGAACUGCUGCUGGGUCAGUCCCUCGCCCGGCCGGGGUCUCGCGGGACCCCUUCCUCUGCUUUUCCUCCGCCGCUGCCCCAGCCCGUCCCUCCCUCCUCUCCCCAGCGCUGGAGGCACCGUCUGAUCCGGGGCGACCCCCUGCCGUCCUCGCCUCCUCGUCGCCUUCACCCUUGUCCGUUUGCUGUCACUGCUGCAUCUCAAGACCUGCCUCGCUGGUUCCCUGCGCUAGAUGUAGAGAAGUGGGAGCGGAGAGAGCUUGCCACCCACUGCCCUGGCUCGCACCUCUGCCCCGGCCCCCGCUGUGCCAUGAGUUUCGGGGUGAGCCACUGGCCGGGCUUGGCAUCACCCCGCGUGUAUGCCGCGGCCGACGGUGCUUCCCGUGGGGCAGGAGCGGGGACAGGGACGGUCCCAGCCCUUGGGGCAGUGGGGUUUGGACAAGUCGAGGGGAGUGGUUGAACUCGCCGGAUUGCAGCUGGCUGUUUUCAGAGGAUGGAGUUUUUGAAAAAGAGAAGAAAAAAAAAAAAAAAAAAAAAGAAUUCUAUUUUUGGUUUCUAACUAUUAUUAGUAGUCUCGGUAGUUACUUCACGGAGGGAGAGGCGGGCUGGAGAGGCGGCCCAGCCCGUGCCCUGUGAAUGAGUCACCCGUGGCUGCACAGAGCCUUCUCCUUUCAAUUAAAAGCAGAGGAUUUGGGAUUGAGCUGAAUCCCACCCCCCAAAUAACGAGGUGACUGUUGGCACAGGCAGCCGGGGCACCCUCUCACCCCCUGUGCGGGGGGUCCCGUGGGCGGCAGCACCUGAAAAAUCCCCUUUUGCCGUCCCAGAGGGCAGCCGGGCAUCGCUGCUCUUCCCAAAGGUGCCUCUGCGCUCACUCUGGAGCUGCCCACGCAGACACGAGCCAGCUGGAGCACUUGCUUUAAGGCUGCCAGGGACCCAACAUCGCCCUUCCCCAGCUCACAGGGUCUUGCUGGGACCCCUGCCCUCACCACUCUGCCCAGCAUCCCGGCACGGCCCCACUCGCGAGGCUCGGUCCAGCCCGUCCUGCCAGACCCAUGCUUUAUUUCAAGGGCUGUUGCGUUGUUGGAGCAGCAGGAGCUGGCGUGUCAGCAAUGGCUCCUUCUUGAUUUUCUUUUUGGUCCUGACCUGGUUUAGUGAGGUUGAAGGGGCAUUUCCAGCUGAUGGGGUGGGCUUGACAAAAACACCCCCUCCGUGCCCGCAUUCCGGGUACGCAGCAGCCCCGGGUACCAGCAGGCAUUUCCCCUGGGCUUCGCCUCGCACAAGCCCUCGCCUCGCACCGGGGGUUUCGGCUCGCCCGGGAGCCUGCUCCUGUUGAUUCAGCAGCUGCCGUGCAAAACACUGCAAGGCAACAAUUAGUGGGAGUGCUUGGCCAGGUUGGUAAUUGUGGCUGUUAAUUAGUGGUGAAGCAAGAACAGGGCUCCCCCUCCCCUCAAUCUCUGCCAUGGGGGAGGGAUGCGGGGGCUGAGAGGUCCCGGCUGGGUGGGGGACGUGGCGGCAGCCCCUGCCCGCGUGGGCAGCGUGCCCAUCCCUGGUCCGUCCGGGAUGCUGAGAGCAUCAAAAGCACCGUGGCUUUUGCACGGUCCUUUCCUUGGGUCUUGGUGUGACAGGAGGGAGAUGGACAGGUUUUUGGGGAAUAGGGACACUGUCCCAGGAACGUGCCCACACGCCACGGGAUGGGAUUCCCCGGGGAGCGCGUGGGGAGAGGAGGUCAGCCAGGGAGCGUUUCCCCUUCGCCUCCCCAUUUCACCCUCAUCAGGUGUCUCCAGAGCCCUGCUGAAAAAAAUGAGUUAGAGAAAAAAAAAGCAGAGCAAGCGGUGAGGGAUGUUGGGGAGGGUUUUUUUCCCCUUUGGCAGGACGGACUGUCCCGAACACACCAUGGGGCGGGUGCUUGGAGCCAAGAACGAGGUGCCUGCGGUUGCCCUGGGGCCAAGGGCUUCCCCACCGCUUUCAUGUCUUCUGUGCUUUAAAACGUCAAAGUAUUAGGUCCCAAAGGUAUUUCUCUUGCUCCCCGUGGGUUGUAGCUGGCUCUUCAAACAUCUCCUUUGUGCCUGGAGGGGGAUGGAGCCGUGCCCACCAGCUCCCACCUCUAUUUUUGAGGGGACACAGUUGUCACCCGCCUGUCGUCAUCCCGCCUGGCAGCUCGAGUCCCCGGCUCCAUCCCCUGCAGUUAACCAGGCCAUCUCAUUGCUAAAUAAAUACUCAGGAUUUCAGGUCAUAACUUUCCCUUAGGCUGGCCCGAAGUGGCAAAUCCACAGAGGCAGGGAAAGUGUUUUGGCUGUGUUUCUCCAGCAGCCUGCAUGCCGCCGAAAAUAUUAUUAAACAGCUUCACCCUGCAAGAAUUUGCCAAGAAAACUAGGCAAGAGAAAUGAAAUAUGUAAAGGGUGCCAGUAAACACGAGCAGGCUGUUCCUUGCCAGCGUAAGGCUGGCGCAGCCCCACGGGGGGCUUGCAGGGAGGUGUUUGCUCCCAGCCAGCCGGCACGGAGCUCGGCACGGAGCUCAGCCCGGAGCCAAACCAGCCCCAGGGCAGCCGGCAGCCCCCAGCCCAGCUCUUGCCGGUGGAAAGAAGCCUGGAGCUUGCUUGCCGGAGAGGAUGAGGGUGCUUUGUGAAAGAGUCGGUGGACAUUGCACUAGAAUAAACCCGCUGUCCUCCUCCGUUGGGUGGAA